UGUAGAUGAAGCGCACGAUGUUUAUUCACUUCAGAUGAUAUUCAUGAAAUGAUGUCAAGCCACUUCUAUGAUUUUCUUCGGGUUUGGCAGCGGGGUGACUUUCACGUCCCUUCGCUCUAAUAACCUUAACCAUGACCAUGUCGUCAAUACAAGAGCGGUAGCGUACGCAUAGGCGUAGUUUGAUUCCAGUUGUGCCGCUGCCGUCGUUUCUUGUAACGACCGCGCCGCCCAAGCCCAACAAGAACGACGAACCUCCCAAAGCGCGAUGGUUCUCACCCGAGCAGAGCGUAGGAAGCGCACAUCAGGCGGCGCAGCCAACCCACCUCCAAAUGUUAGCGCAGGAGUUGUUCUUGCAGCUCCUGGUGCUGUGUCUGGGGGAGUAGUACUUGCUCAGGGUCAACAAGCGUCCGCAUCGGCUUCGUCCAGAGAGCAUUCGCAAUCGGGGGUUGCGCCCCCGAUCAAUGGAGUUGGACAGCAGGGUAUGCAGAAUGGACGGCCACACGGCAGUGCACCGCAUCAACGAACCGGCGGCGUGGCUUCAUCUGCAGCUGGAACAAUGGCUUCGCGCGACCCCACUGUGCAUGAGGAAAGGCGUGCGGCCGCAGCACUGGGG